UCACGUUCCAUUAGGGUGUUGUUCUUGUUUUGCCUGUUGUACUUAGUAACUUCAUUAAAAUAAGGUAUUUGAAGUACAAACCUACAAGAAAAUGUCAAUAUUGGGGUCUUUCGGAGAAGCUUUUUGGUCAACAAGAAUAUGGUUGCCACCUAAUACAACGUGGGAGGAUAUCGCUCCUGGUUCUAGGUUAGAUGUAAAGCAUGCAGAUUAUAGAGAUCUAGUUUGGCCACUCCCGUUGGCUUUAGUAGUGAUGAUUAUUCGAUUUGCUCUGGAAAGGUAUUGGAUCGCACCUGUUGGCAAAUCUUUAGGCAUAAGAAAUUUAAAACCAAAAAAAGCUCCCUUUAAUAAAGUUUUGCAAAAAGCAUUUGAAACUUCAUCCAAACUAGAUCAUCAAAAGAUAAUCGAACUUUCAAAGCAUACAGAUUUAACUAAACGUCAAGUUGAACGCUGGUGGCGUUUACGAAAGGCACAAGAUAAACCGUCCACUUUGACCAAAUUUUGUGAAACAACAUGGAGGUGUAUAUACUACACAUACAGUUUUAUAUUUGGUGUUAUAGUGCUUUGGGAUAAGCCAUGGUUUUGGGACUUAAAAAACUGUUGGUAUGGUUACCCACAUCAGUCAAUCACAGAUGACAUAUGGUGGUACUAUAUGAUAUCAAUGUCUUUUUAUUGGGCCCUGAGCGUAACUCAAUUUUUCGAUGUUAAACGUAAGGAUUUUUGGCAAAUGUUCAUACAUCACAUGGUAACAUUACUACUAAUGUCAUUGAGUUGGGUAUGUAAUUUACAUCGAGUUGGAUCAUUAGUAUUAGUGGUACAUGAUUGCGCAGACAUAUUUUUAGAGGCAGCCAAAUUAACAAAAUAUGCAAAGUAUCAAAAAGUAUGUGAUACGAUAUUUGGUAUAUUUACUGUGGUAUGGAUAAUUUCUAGACUUGGUUUUUAUCCGCGCAUAAUUUACAGCUCUUCUGUCGAAGCACCUAAAAUUUUACCAAUGUUUCCGGCUUACUACAUAUUUAACAGCUUACUGAUAAUGCUGCUCAUAUUACAUUUAUUUUGGACAUAUAUGAUUAUUAAAAUCGUUUUGGAUUCCCUGCAAAAAGGCUUGUAUACAGAGACACAAGUAAAACAUUAUAAACUUUAUUAA